AUGAGGAAAACUUCUUUCACACUAAUCAAGGUCAUGGGUCUUUUAAUAUUUUUCUUGGUCGCUUUUGCUGCCGCUUUUACAGUAAUAAUGAAUGAUAGACAGGGAUUUGAGACGUUUGGCGUGUCUAUCUUAACUGGAGCAACGAUGACGAUGGGAGAGUUUGAUUUUAAAGAGACAUUUCUCGGUGACCACUCUGAUUACAACACAUUUUAUCCAUUACAGUUGGUCCUCCUUGUUGGUUUUCUCGUCGUUAUGCCUAUCAUUAUUAUGAACCUUCUGCUUGCCCUUGCCAUUGAUGGUACCAACAAUAAGGUUAUGCAACACGCUAAGCAGCAGAAACACGUUCAAACGGCGGAAAUGAUAAUUGACAUGGAACGGAAGUGGUCUUUAUUUCCAUGGCGAAGUAGAAAAACACUCAUACCUUGUUUCCAGGAGAGACCCAAUAAGACAUCCAACUUUACCCGCGCAGUUUGGGAUUUUAUGUUUUACGGUCCGGAUGUUUUUACAGAUGUACUCGAUGAGAACCGGGAAGAAAUGGGAAAGAAGCAAGACAUGUCAGCGUUGUUUGAAAUGGUGAAAGAACUGCAAAACAGAAUGCUGUUUUGCAAAAGCAGAAUGCUGUUUUGCAAAAUAAAAUGUUAGAGAUUCAAAACGAAUUUACAAUGGAAAGGAAUCGAAGAUCAAUGGAGUAUGUCCGAAUGAGUCAAGAUAAACGAAACGCUACUACUGAAUUUCGAGGUUACAGUGAGAGCAUAGAAACCUUUAAUCCAGAGGAGACAAGAGCAACAUGAGUCAGAUUGUAAAGA